AUGCCUGCGCAUUCGAAGCUAGCUAAAGGCGCCAUUGAACAGGCUCAACCCUCGGCCACCAACGCAGAAGCAGGCCGCGACGAAAUGGCUCCUACUGAGGGCAACGCCGACAUCAAAUCCUGUCUAGAAGAGCCGCACCUCGUCGAGUCCACUCAGCAAGUUGGGCGCAACACCGGUGCUGUUGCGCCCUCAACAACUACGUCUACCCAUAAUUCGGCUGCCACUAGACCGACCGAGCGACAAAACAUACCUGGUAAAGCUCCUUCAGGAUCCUUCGCUACCGCUUCCGGAAAGGUUCGACAUGUUAAAGGUUCGAAAAGCGGUGGCUACACCAAAACUAAGCGUCGCCGUGAACGGAAGAGGUUGGCUCGCACCACCGCCUAUGCGACACUCGCCCGGGCCAAGUACGGGGACCUAACUGGCCGUGUUCAACACCCCACUAGCACGCUGCAUCGCCUGCAACACAUCCUUGAAGAUGACGACGUCAAUGACCCCAGCAAAUUGGAGCGUGCUCGGGCUGUUGUUUCACAAGAGAUCCUGGGCGAAUUCGCUUGGGACUCGGAGGACUCAGAUUGCGCCUCGCUAGGAGGAAUCCCAUCCGACAGUGAUUAA